AACGCCCUCUCCUUAGUAUCUUUCUCUUGUGUUUUGGUGACCUGGUGGGUCAUACCAGCAUUUUGAAGGCCAUGGUCGUUCAGACAGGUGAAUGGGUUGAAAUCCUUCUUUAGAAGCAGUUCAGGUGUACGCCACAAGGUGGUGACAGUGGCAGGGCCUGAGGGACAGACCUUGGGUCAGAAAGGGUGGCACGCACCCUCUGGGUACCCUCUGGCUCAGAGACCUGAGGUCAGCUCCUGGGCUGAGGGAGCUCCCGUGUUUCAAGGGAAUGUGGCAGCAGCUGCAGGGGCUUGUGUGCACAGGCUGUGCCCGUGAUCCAGAGCUGCUUUUCCUUGCUGGGAGCUGUUUCUUUUUGCUUAAAUUCUAACACAGUGCCUUCUGGGCUUUAGUACCUGGAGGUGUCAGAGGUCUUGCCAGCCCUGUGUGGAAGCACAGAUCCUGUCACAGGCACCUCUGCAGGGACUUGCUGUCCUGUCUCCUGCAAGGUCCUGACCUGGAAGUGUGACGAUCUCUGCAGUCUCCCUGCACCCCACUGUUUGGGUCUGGUGGAUACACCAGAAGGAGCACAUAGCUUCUGAAACCACUCUAAAGGUCUCUUUUUGGUUUUUUUAAUUGUUUAUUCUUUUUAUUUAUUUAUAAUGAGUUUCUUUUGAGGGAAAACACAUUUUGGGCACAUGCAGCUGCCACCUACAUAAGUGACUGAUUGUCAGAGGCAUUCUGAAUAAUUUCCUGAUCAGUGUUGUCUCUGGUGAGGCUUGUCCUCAUGUAGUGUUAGCUGGGGUGGUGUGAGCCACUGUCUCCUCUCUAGUGUAUGCAGGUAAAGCUGCGGUAAUCUGAAUAAUGCCCAAACUGGUGUGUAUUUGAAGUGGUGUAUGAGCCACCUAACACAAAUCUGUGUCUGAUGUUACUGCUCGAGUUGACAGAGACACUUUUUAAAUUAUUUAGAUGUUAUUUUCAUUUGCCAGACCUUAAAGGAGCAAGUCACAUGUAACUGAAGGGGAAAAGCCAAUCCAGGUGUACACGUGCUCUGUUUUAAAAUGAGUUCUGCAGUUGGUCAGAGCAAUCCAGGUUGUUCCUGUGCAGCCUCUGCCACGUGCCCGUCCCAGCCCGCAGAGGUGCCUCAGGGUGUGGUUCCUGGUGCCAGGCAGGGGGGGUUGGCCCCAAACACACGUUUGAAAUAAUGGAAAUCUCACACAUGUUGCUGGCAAGGAGUGUCUGAGGUUCACAAGCCCCCACCAGCCUCAGUUGCUUGUUACUGACCUAACUUGAACUGUGCUGUAAUGGAAGUCAGGAUUCAGGUCAGUUGCAAAAACAGCUGUUUGUAGUUGUUGAGUAACUAAUCCUGUUGUAAAUGGUGAGCACUUGUUGUCUGAUAAUGAUUACUUCAGUGCUUAUCUGCUUCAUCUGGCAGAACUGUCUGUGUGUACAUGUCCUUCAGGACCUCAGAUCUAUCCAAGCUCAUCAAAGUCUUACUAAACUUCUAAACAUAGCAUUAAAUUAAGUGUGGGCUCAAGAUACUUUCUCUACAGAUGAGACUGCACAUUAAUUAACUGUUUCAGAAAUUUUCAAGAUUGUCUCAGAAGUGAUCUUGUAGUUGAGUGCUGAGAUUACAGUUGUGUACUAGUUUUGGCUGGGAUAGAGUUACUUUUCCUCACAUCAGGCAGUGUUGGGCCAUUGUUGGGUUUCUGAUGUAAAGGUUGGUGCCCUAGGGGGUGUUGGUCCCUUGCACAGCCCCAGAGCAGCUCUGCUCCUCACCCUGCCCACCAGCGAGCAGGUGGGGGGGGCACAGGUGACCCCAGGGACACUUUGUACCCUGUGACACCCAGCAGAGCAGUGGAACUGAGGGGGGGGCUGGCAGGGGAUUCAGGGGCUGGAUGGACAUCAGGUGGCUGAUGGUGAGCAAGUGUUUUAAUCUGCAUCACUUCUCUGUCUUGGUUUUAUUUUCCCCUCUCUCUCUCUCUUUGUUGGUCUUUUCCCCUUACAAAGGAUUUAAAAAAAAAUUAUUUUUAACUAUUUUUAUCUCAACCCACGACUUUCUUCCUUCUAUGCUCCUGGUUCUCCCCAUCGUCCCCCCAGGGCAGCAGGGAGAGGCUCAGUUGCUGGCCAGGUUAAACCACAACAAAUUGUUAUUUAAAUUUUCUGUUGUUUUCUGCCUCAGGGAAAGGCAGAGUGGAAUGAUCAGAACCUGUAACACAACUGCAUGUGUUCUAUUUAUUGUAUUGUUUCUUUUUUCCUUAGAAGCUCUUCUGUCCCCACCAGCACCAUCAGGUGAUGUGGUUUUUGUUAGUAUGCGAGGAGACCUUUCCCUGCUGGAAUUCCCCGUUGGAAUUCCUUGGCACAAGUGGGGAAGGCUGCUGUGGGAGCUUCCUCUUGUCAGCUGCUGCAUAACACUGCAGGAGUUCCUAUCUCAAUUUCCUGUCCAGUUUAUUUCUGUUUUAAUUUGAACAUGUACAGAGAGGAAAACUGCCACUUUUUCAGGUCUCAGACUUCAGGAGAACCCAGAGCCACACUCCCAAGACCUGGUGGCUUUUCUCCUUCAGAUGUUUGGGUGUUGCUCAGGGAAGGAGAACUGAGGGACACUGCAGUGAGAAAACCAGCGUGAUGGCUUCAGAAGGCUCAGCUCCAGCAAAUCCAAAGGAAUACCCCAGCAGGGACAGGAGGGCUGCCUCUGGGAAGCACUAUCUCUGUGGAUACUGUGCUGCCUUCACCAACAUUGCCGUCACCUUCCCCAUCCAGAAGGUGCUGUUCCGCCAGCAGCUCUAUGGCCUGAAGACCAAGGAUGCAGUGCACCAGCUGCAGCAGGAUGGGAUCCGGAACCUCUACCGGGGCAUCCUGCCUCCCCUGAUGCAGAAGACCACCACACUGGCCCUGAUGUUUGGCCUCUAUGAGGAUUUCUCCUCCCUGCUCUACAGCCACACGAGCGCCCCAGAGCUCCUCACGCGCAGCAUGGCCGCUGUGCUGGCUGGGACCACAGAAGCUGUUCUCACGCCUUUUGAGCGAGUUCAGACUUUGCUUCAGGACUACAAACACCAUGACAAAUUUACAAACACUUACCAGGCAUUCAAGGUGCUGAAAGCCUAUGGGAUGAGAGAAUAUUACCGGGGAUUGGUGCCUAUUCUGCUCCGAAAUGGACCCAGUAACGCCCUCUUCUUUGGGCUGCGGGGACCUAUCAAGCAGUGUCUGCCUGAAGCAACCUCCUACAGCACCCAUUUGAUCAACGACUUCAUCUGUGGAGGGCUGCUGGGUGCCAUGCUGGGAUUCUUGUUUUUCCCAGUGAACGUCGUAAAAACUCGCAUGCAAGCUCAAAUUGGUGGUGAAUUUCAGUCCUUCUCAAAAGUCUUUGCUAAGAUCUGGCUGGAACGUGAUAGGAAACUGAUCCACCUUUUCAGAGGAGCCCAUCUGAAUUACCAUCGUUCCGUCCUGUCCUGGGGCAUCAUAAAUGCCACCUACGAGUUCUUGCUCAAGCUGCUGUGAAAAUCACCCUCUCCCUUCAGCUCUUCUGCUCGCUGGAGUGUUGGCUCAUGUGCUGUGUCACUGAGCCCCAGGGAACAGUGCCUGCCUAGUGUGAAAGGUAACUAGCCUUGGCCUUCAAUAUUUAUGGGGUGAAUGGUGAUGCAUCUAGAUCAUGGUGCAAUUAAGACGAACUUUUAAAAGUAUUUAUUUGCUGGCAGGUGAAUUUACUCAUAAUGGAGCUUUUGCAGACAAAUACAAGAUCUGAAAAAAAGAAUGAAAAAAGACUUAUGUUGGUCCAGCAGCUUCUUCUCUAUCACUCCCAAAAAUUCUUAACGCUCCACUGUUCAAAUUGUAGAACAUGAAAAUCAAGGAGGAGCUGAUGAGAAUUUAAUCCCUUGCCUGAUAAACUUCGGAAUCUUAAGAACUGCAUUUUCAAAUGUUUAGGGUCCUAAGUACACUCUGUCACUUCAAGCCAAAAGGACAGAUCCAGGUGAGGGUGACUGAAGUUUAGAACUUCAAGCUAAAACAAAGCCUGCCCAAACUCUUCUGCCAGCCCUGGAUGCUGGGCUUUGAGGUGGACACUCCUCAUCAGGGGGUGUCUGACCUCAGUGUGAGCUGCCUGCAGCUCAUGGGGGAUAUCUCUGUGUGUGUGUGUGUGUGUGUGUGCGCCUUCCUGUGGAAAAGGGAAAGGUGGAAGGAACGAGACUACAAAGUUACUCAAGCUUUAAAGUGUCCUUCCUUCUUAUACCUUCUUGUAAACAUGGAGUUUUGUUCUGCCUUCUCUCUUCUUGCAUUGCUGCUUUUCCUGUGUCUCACAGCGCUGGGUCAGACAGGAGUGGCCCUUCCUGUAGUGCUUGUGGAAUGGUUCAGCUUCCUGCAGCUGUGGGAGCAGGUCACAAACACAGCUCUUCUGUGCUGAUGUGUCUUCUCUUUUGCAAAUUACUUCUCUUGCUGCGAAAUAAUCGAUCACAGGAUAUCCCUACCUGGAACUUAAAAGAGUUCUGUGUGGUUGGCAGUUCUGUCAACAGAAUUGCAGAGCUGCGCUGGCUGGGUGGGGUUUCUGGGUGGUUAUCCACUUCAGUGGAGGUCUAAGCAUAGCAAGGGUGACAGCCAAAGAUGACCUCCUUAGCUGGGUAGGAAAGGUACAGCAUUUGGGGACAUGUUUGAGGACUUCUGUAGGUGUGUAUUGAAAAAGAAUUGAAGAAAUAACAAGCAUUGUGUGUCUUACAGACUUGAGUGUUGAGAGGUAAAAGACUUCAGGCCUUAGAGAAAAAGACAAAAGAGCGAAGCAUGGCCAUAAACCAGGUGAGGGUCUCAACAAAAAGCAUUUGCUUCUCUCUGGGGGACUUGAUUUUAUGAAACCACAUAUAUAAAACAAAAUAUUUUGGAUUAUGAGGGGCAGGAAAGCUUUCAGAAACUGGUCUGAAUUGGUCUUCUCACAAGCUUUAGAGUGGCUAUUAUGUUUUUUGAGUUUUCCAUUUGUUAAACUGUCCUCAAAUACUGAUUCUAAUGAGUGUGUUACAAUCACAAUACAGUCCCUAGCUUCACAGUCAAAACUGGCCAGGCACCCUUGAGUAUUCUCGUAUCUGAAUGUUGUGAUUAUCUGCAUUUAAAUAAAAAGUUUACUGAAUGUUUGUUACUGGCAGAAUCUGAUUUUUACCAGUGUACUGUUUUUUUGUAAUCAGUCCUUGAUGGAAUAAAAAUUUGCAUCCUGUC